CUGGCGCAUGUGCAAAUCACAACUGCACAAUGAGCACCUACUGUGAUCCAGUAGACACUCAUAAGUACCUGUGUCGAAGAUACGGACAUGGCGGUUGUACGAAUUGACAAGACAUUUGCUGUUUUCACCAAUCAUGAAGUAUAUUACGCCCAGGCUGAGGACUGCUAUGUUCGGCACUACAGUAUACUGAGGUCCUGUGGAACCAAGGGCGAGUUUACCGUCAAUCUAACAAGUACAGGCUGGCUGGUGGAUCCAGAUGUGGAAUGGAUAGCAGGGGGUUGGAAAGCGAUCAUUGAGUCAGUAAUCAGAGAAGACGGAGGGGCUGUCAUUCACCUCAAGUGCGGGGGAUUCCAUGGAUAUUGCUAUCCCAAAACCAGGAUGUCACUUGUGCCAUCCUUUGAAGCUGUCCCCGACUCGUCAGCCACAGAGAUUCGAUGCUCCGAAUGAUACUACAAAAUCAACGCUUCGUUGAGGUUUGCAUUGGUCAAAAUGUUCGAAUGUCAAGUUGACACGAUGGGCUAGAUUGUUUAUUUGGGCUCGGUUUUACAUUUAUAAUGAGCGAUUUCUUCAUCACGUGUUUCCCAUAGUCAAUGUUAUUUUAACGAUUUGGUUUCGCGCAAAUGACUAAAAGUCAUUACUCAGUCAGUUUCGUUCACAAUGCAAUGGCAUUUGGUAUGUGGAUAGUUUUUUAGUGGGACUCGUGUUUAUCGUGAUAGGAUAUAUUUUGACAUAUACGUUUGCAUUACGUUUGCACUUUGACAUGGUGCAUUAAUUCUGCCUGAAUGCAUUUACUCACAAUGAAAACAUGACACUCUCAGAAACCUGAUCAAUGGAUUGUUUAAAUAACAAUCUUCCCAACUAAUUGACUCACUGAUUAUUUUAACUCCGAAUGUAUCCAUAAUUCGAUUUUUAGUUUCAAAGGAAGGCUGCUAGGGUGAUUAGACAUGGAAUCUAAUAAUAUAAUGAUAUAUUUCACCAAAUAAACCAAACGGAAACAAGUAAUCAAGGUGCAUCAGCAACUCGAUCAAAGUUUUCGAAAGCGCUGCUUUACUGAUCGAACUGCGGAACCUCAGACAACAGGACUACCCGCGCCAGAUUUGACUUCUUGGAGGAAUCAGUUGAUGUUUUGGAUACACGUGUAAAAUAAACCCGCCACGCUCCAGGCUGCUCUAUUUGUUAUCAUGCACAGACAACAUGUGUACAUUUAUACCAGAAGUAACAUUUUUGUGUGUUCCCUUUAUUAAACUGUAAAUGUGGAAUGUACACACAUGUCCGUGAGCAGUAUCACAAUCAACCUAUGACGUGAAAACAUGAUUUUUUUAAAGAUCCUAAGUUACAUGGAAAGUUGUGAAAAAGAUAUGUCACUGAAGGUAAUACUUUUGGUGAGCACCCGUCCCAACACCAAAUCUAGAUAUAUUACAGUUAUUAUGUGUAGGAAAAUAGAAAAAGGGCACAUUAGAAAUUUUAAUAACUGUUUUGUACUUAAGUCUGAGAGCCAGCUCCUACUUACUGUACCAACUUUCCGACUUUCCUCAUUUGGUAAACGAUCGUUCUUUCAUGCAGCCGCCAAGACUAUGGAAUUCACUGCCAGUCCACAUCAAAGACUCUGAUUCUCUGACACAGGUUUCAAAUCACAACUGAAGACUUAUCUUUUCUCCUCUGUAUAUAACUGACUCUGUCCCUCUUCCCCCCUGCGCUUUGAGGAUG